AUGGGGAAAUUCAAGGGGGCAACGUUGUUCCUUUGGGUGUUCUUAGCCUUGUGUACCAUACUAGUAUUAAAAAUUGAAGCAAGAACAUCUUCAGUUUUAUUAGAAAAAGAAAUUGAAGCUAAAUUAAAGCUCUUAAACAAGCCUGCAGUGAAAUCCAUUAAGAGUGAAGAUGGAGAUAUUUUUGACUGCGUUGACAUCUACAAGCAACCAGCUUUCGACCAUCCUGCUUUAAAAAAUCACACUAUUCAGGAAAUACCUGAUUUUCUUCUUGAGUUCGAAAACUCAAGGACAGAAGAAGUUUUCAAUGCAAGUUCUGAUGUAUUUCAAACAUGGCAAAAAAGUGGAAGUUGUCCGGAAGGAACUGUUCCUAUCCGAAGAAUUCGAAAAGAGGACUUGCUAAGAGCUGCUUCACUUGACCGCUUCGGACAAAAACCCCAGGCAUCAUUUGUGAAUUCAACAUACACCACUAAUGGUUUCGUGGAUCUGAAAGAUCGUUCGGAUGCAUAUCUUUUGACAUAUGGAUUCAAUUUCUUAGGCGCAGAAGCAAAUAUUAAUAUAUGGAAUCCAAAGGUUGAAAAACCAGAAGAUUUCACAACUGCUCAAAUAUGGCUUAAGUCUGACAGUGCUGACAAUUUUGAAACCGUUGAAGCUGGUUGGAUGGUUAAUCCCAAAUUGUAUGGUGACGGCAACACUCGUUUAUUCAUCUAUUGGACUAAAGAUACAUAUAAAUCAACUGGUUGUUUUGAUAUUACUUGUUCUGGUUUUGUUCAAACAAACAAGGCUGUAGGACUUGGUGGUGCCUUAGGACCUAUUUCAUCAUAUCGUCAACAAUAUGAACUCAAUUAUGGAAUAUAUUCGGAUAAUGAUGGAAAUUGGUGGCUUAAAAUAAAGCAUAACAUAGCCGUAGGUUAUUGGCCAAAAGAGUUUUUAGGACAAAGUGCAACAAUGGUUCAAUGGGGUGGACAAGUGUUUAGUUAUUCAGUGAAAACAAAGCCUCCUCACACAGGAACACAAAUGGGUAGUGGAGAAGAAGCACAUGCUCUAUUUGGAGGAGCAUGUUACAUGAGUACUGUGAGAAUUAAAGAUAAUUCACAAAUGCUUAAGUAUCCACAAUUUAUAAACACACAUGCUGCAGAGCCCUUUUGUUAUAAUGCCUACAAUCAUGCUCCAUAUGGACAAGACCCUAUAUUCUAUUUUGGAGGUGAAGGAAGAAAGCCUCCUUAUUUUCUUUUACCGCGACAUCGAUAUCUUUCUAUUGAAGGAGAAAUGAAAGGAUCAAGAUAUCAAGGUGGAAUGGUAAAAUACAAGGUUGCAAUGUUGUUGCUUUGGGUGUUGUUUGACUUGUGCACUUUACUAGUAUUGAAAGUUGAAGCAAGAUCAUCAUCAUCUUCUUUAGAAAGAGAAAUUGAAACUAAAUUGAAACUCUUAAACAAGCCUGCAGUUAAAUCCAUUCAGAGUGAAGAUGGAGAUAUUAUUGAUUGCGUCAAAAUCUACAAACAACCAGCUUUUGACCAUCCUGCCUUAAAAAAUCACACUAUUCAGAUGAUGCCCAAUUUUCAUCUUGAAUCACAAAGCUCAAGCACAAAAGAUGUUUUCAACGCAAGUAGUGAUGUAUUCCAGAUAUGGCAGAAAAGUGGAAGUUGUCCGGAAGAAACUAUUCCUAUCCGGAGAAUUCGAAAAGAAGACCUAAUGAGAGUGGCUUCACUUGAUCGCUUUGGACAAAAACCCCCCGAAAUUUUUUUGAAUUCAACAAACAUCACAAACCAUAAUUUGCACAACCUCAACAAUACCGAUGAUAUAGUUGAUCUGAAAGAUCGCUCGGAUGCACAUCUUAUAGCAUAUGGCUUCAAUUUUAUAGGGGCAGAAGCAAAUAUUAACGUGUGGAAUCCAAAGGUUGAUAAACCAGAAGAUUUUACUACUGCUCAAAUGUGGCUUAAGGCUGCCAAUGGCGGUAAUUUUGAAAGCAUCGAAACAGGAUGGACGGUUAAUCCAAAGUUGUAUGGUGACCACAAUACCCGUUUAUUUAUCUAUUGGACUAGAGAUGCAUACAUGUCAACAGGCUGCUUUGAUCUUACUUGCCAUGGUUUUGUACAAACAAACAAGAAUAUAGUGCUUGGUGGUACCAUAGGACCUAUUUCAAUUCCUUCUGGUCAACAAUAUGAACUCAACUAUGGAAUAUUUCGGGAUGACGAUGGAAAGUGGUGGCUUAAAGUGAAGAAUAGCAUUGCGGUAGGUUAUUGGCCGGCCGAGUUAAUCCCUAACUUAGGUACUGCAAAAUUUGUUCAAUGGGGUGGACAAGUGUUUAGUCAUGCCGUGAAAACAAAGCCACCUCACACCGGAACACAAAUGGGUAGCGGAGACGAAGCAAAUAACCGAUUUGGCCAUGCAUGCUACGUGAGUAAUGUGAGAAUUAAAGAUAAUUCACAAAUGCUUAAGUAUCCACAAUUUGUAAGUACCUAUACUAGAGAGCCCUAUUGUUACGGUGCCCUCAAUGAUGCUCCAUAUGGAAAAGAUCCUAUAUUCUAUUUUGGAGGUCCUGGACGAAAUCCUCCUUAUUGUCCUUGA